CGACAGAAGUCUGUCCUGCUAGCUCGAUAAAAGCCGAUAUUUUCCAGAAUGACAGCAACCAAAUAGGAACAGUGAUGAGUGACUUUGGGCCAGCAGAGCUGGUCGCGGGCCUCUGCCACACAGACGAGGAGAAUCCUUUCCCUCUGUGGCAGAAUGGAAACGUCAGCCCCUGUUUUAACCAGCUCGUCCUCGGAGCCUUGCCGAAUGCUGCAAUGGCAAUUUUCAGUGCCUGUUAUCUCAGCAUGGCGAGAUCCACCCUGAUCCAGACGUCUGCUCCGUGUGGUUGGACGCUCAGGCUGGGCUCGGCUCUGUUGGCUGUGUUGCUCUUCGCUGCAGACGUCAUCCUGGUCAGCGUCCUCCAGCAGGGGGACAUGUAUCUGGACAUCUUAACUGACAGCUGUGCCAUCCUGGGCUGGCUGGUUCACUUCAGUGCCAUAGCAGUGCUCCAGAGGACCGCUUUGAGGAGAACCAGAGGGCCUCCACUGCUGCCUCUCCUGGUUCUUCUUUUAGUCCCCAACCUUGUCAUCACCUUGAUGAUUUAUUGUGAAAACAGAGAUUAUUUAAACCUCACUGAACCUCUGAAACUGGCACGAUUUGCUCUUGUCGCAGCUCGGACGCUCCCGUUCCUGGUUUACCUCGUGGCGUUUGCUUUUCCCUGCAUUAGCAAUGCUGGCUACACCUUGUACAUAAAUGCUGUGGAUGGAUCGCCGCUCAUCCCAGAGAGCACCCAGCCGGACACGGGUGACAUGGUGGCUGAAGACGGGAGCGGCUGCAUCUCCAGAGUCUUCUACCUGUGGUUGACUCCGCUGUUUAGGCGAGGGCAGCGAGGGGAGCUGGAUAGACCAACCGACGUGUAUCACCUUCCACGGAAACUUCGGACUAGUGUGGUUUGUCGAUAUUUCCAUCAGUGCUGGGAAGCCUGUCGACGAGGGGCAACAGUCAGCGACGGGCAGGAUCAGUGGCCCAGGCCAGUCAGCGGAAACCUCGUGAAUGGCACGUGGAGUUCACACUAUCAGGAGGAACCAAUGAAUCUGGAGGGUGAUGUACGAUUGCUAAGGGUGCUGCACAAGGCGUUUGGGUUGCGCUACUACAGCCUUGGUGUGCUGAAGGUGACGAUCAACAUCUCUAGCUUUGCAGGUCCCCUGCUUCUUAACAUUUUAGUCAACUUCAUGGAGGACAAAGACGCCCCACUAAGCACGGGAGUCUGGUGCGCCGUGGGACUCUUUGCCACAACCCUUCUGUGUGCCAUUCUCCGAAGCGUCUUUUUCUUUCAGGUCUCUAAGGUGGAGCUGACAGUACGCGCUGCCCUUGUGUCGGCCAUCUAUGGGAAAGCCCUGCGGGUCAGCAGCUGCAGCCUGGCGGGCUUUACUUUGGGAGAGGUGGUGAACUUAAUGAGCACGGACACAGACCGCGUGGUCAACUUCUUAAGAAGUUUCCACGAACUAUGGAGUAUGCCCUUUCGGUUUUUCAUUACCCUCUACUUGCUGUAUCUGCAAGUCGGUGUUGCUUUUGUUGGAGGGCUGGCUGUUGCUCUGGUGAUGGUGCCGUUCAACAAGUUCCUCGCUACCCGCCUCCUUAUAAACCACAGACAGAUGCUCAGGUGCAAGGAUAACCGUGUUAAGUUAAUGACAGAGAUCCUGUUUGGCAUUCGUGUCAUCAAGUUCUACAACUGGGAGCCUCAUUUUACCCAGAAGGUGGCCGACUGUCGUAAAGAGGAGCUUUCCUACCUUAAGGCCGUCAAGUACCUGGAUGCUAUGUGUGUGUACACCUGGGCCGCCCUGCCUGUGGUCAUCUCCAUCCUCACCUUUGUCACAUACGUGCUACUUGGACACCAGCUGACCGCAGCCAAGGUGUUCACCACCCUGGCCCUGGUGGGAAUGUUGAUCAUCCCACUGAAUUCAUUCCCCUGGGUGCUCAAUGGUGUCCUGGAGGCCAAAGUGUCUCUGGACCGAAUCCAGCGCUUCUUCAAUCUGACCAACCAGGAUCUGCAGGGAUACUAUGCCCUGGUGUCUCCUGAGGACAGUCAGACAUCGGUCCUGUUGAGCCAGGGCACAUUUUCCUGGCAAGGGCCCAACAGUUGUGACCAGAACAAAGAAGGCGAAACUGAAACUGCUGCGAAAGGAAGUCUGCAGCUGCACAGUCUCAAUCUGCACAUAACCAAGGGCUCUCUUGUCGUUGUGGUGGGGAAGGUCGGCUGUGGAAAGAGUUCUUUACUGGCUGCUCUCACUGGAGAACUCAACAGGCUAAGUGGAGUGCUCUAUGUGGCAGACAGAGAGGUCGGCUUUGGUCUGGCCGCUCAGGAAUCGUGGAUCCAGAACGCAUCAGUGCGAAACAACAUCCUGUUUGGCAAAGACUACGAUGCUGCCUUCUACCAGGCUGUGAUCGAGGCCUGCGCGCUCUCCGAUGACCUCAAUGUUUUGCCAAACGGUGACAAGACAGAAGUGGGUGAGAACGGAGUGACUCUAAGCGGAGGACAGAAAGCUCGGCUGGCCCUCGCCAGAGCUGUUUACAUGGACAAAGACAUCUACCUCCUCGAUGAUCCGUUGGCAGCAGUUGACACCGACGUUGCCGAACACCUCAUGAAGAAAUGUAUCCUCGAGCUGCUCAGGGAAAAGACCAGAAUCCUUUGCACGCACCGCAUAGAGUUUGUGAACAAAGCUGACGUGGUGGUGCUAAUGGACAACGGAACGAUAAUCAAAACAGGCACACCAGCAGAGAUCCUUCCUCUGGUGGAGGCAGUGCCCAAGAAACAGAAGAAUGAUCACAACAUGAAGGAGAAAGAAGGCAUGGAGCAGGAUGAGGAGGAGUCGGGUUCACCCCCUGAUCUGCGUGUGGACGAUGAUCCCGACCUGUUGAGCUCAGAGCAGAAGCAGGUGGGCGGCUUGGCAUGGGGAGUUUACCGGACCUACUGGCUCGCUGUGGGCGGAGUGCUGGCCUCUUCCAUCUUGAUGUCUCUGCUGCUCAUGCAAGCAUCCAAGAAUGCGUCCGACUGGUGGCUGUUCCACUGGAUCUCAGAGUUAAAGAACAACGGUUCCACCAGCGCUAACGGUUCUUCUUCAGCUGUUUACAGUUCCCCUCACCUGCUGCUUAUCUCACCUGGCUGGCUAACAUCUCCUCUGCCCUCUGCGCAAGCCUUUGCCUCCAACAACAUGAGCACAGAUGUCCAGUUCUACCUGACAGUCUACGGCUCCAUCGCGGUGGCCAACACCGUCUUCACUGCCCUGCGAGCCUUUCUUUUUGCCUACGGAGUCAUCUGCGCUGCCUCUGCCAUCCACGACAGACUUCUGGAUCGAAUGCUGAAGGCCACAGUGUCCUUCUUCGACACCACCCCUAUCGGCCGCAUACUGAACCGUUUCUCCUCAGACUUGUACACUGUGGACGACAGCCUGCCCUUCAACCUGAACAUCCUCUUGGCCAACAUUGUUAGCCUGCUGGGCAUGCUGGUGAUGAUCAGCUACGGCCUGCCGUGGGUCCUGGUCGCGCUGAUUCCCCUGGCCGCGGUCUACCACCGCACGCAGAACUUCUACAGACACACCUCUCGGGAGCUGAAGCGCCUUUUCAGCCUCACUCUGUCGCCCAUCUACUCACACUUCUCUGAGACGCUGACCGGACUGGGAACCAUCCGGGCCAGCGCCAGCUCUGCCAGAUUUGAGGAGGAGAACUCCAAGCGUCUGGAGCAGAACCAACGUUGCCUGUUUCUUAGCAACGCAGCCUCGCAGUGGCUGAACAUCCGCCUGCAGCUGAUUGGUGUUGCUGUGGUGACAGCCCUCGGGGUGAUUGCUGUCAUUCAGCAUCACUUUAAUUCUGUUGAUCCAGGUCUGGUGGGUUUGUCCCUGUCCUACUCUCUGUCCAUCACAGCGCAGCUGGCUGGCCUCAUUGUUAACUUCACACAGACUGAAAUCCAGCUGGUGAGUGUGGAGCGAACAGAAGAAUACACCACCGGCCUGCCGAUGGAGCCACAGCAUCAGAACGCACAGCUGCCUCCUGCAUGGCCUGAGCAGGGCUGGUUGGAGUUUCGCGAUGUGGCUUUGGCCUACAGGGACGGUUUUCCUAACGCCCUGGACGGCGUGAGCCUGGUUGUGCGACCCGGGGAGAAAAUAGGCAUUGUGGGCCGUACGGGCUCUGGCAAGUCCACCAUGUUCCUGGCACUGUUUCGUAUGGUGGACCUGAACCAGGGCCAGAUUCUUCUGGAUCAGCUGGACAUUAGCACCGUGGGCUUGGCUCAGCUGAGGUCGAGAUUGGCCAUUAUCCCUCAGGACCCCUUCCUGUUCAGCGGGACCAUCAGGGAGAAUCUGGACCCCCGUGGGCAGCACCUGGAGCAGCAGCUGCUGGAUGUCCUGGACCAGUGUCACCUCAGCGCUGUGGUCAGCAGGAUGGGUGGUCUGGAUGCUGAGGUGGGCGAGAGAGGAAAGUGCUUCUCUGCAGGACAGAAGCAGCUGCUGUGUCUGGCCAGAGCUCUGCUGACACAGGCCAAGGUGCUGUGUAUCGACGAAGCGACGGCGAGCGUGGAUCAGAAGACGGACAAACUACUACAGCAGACUAUCAGAGAGAAGUUUCAGGACAAGACCGUCCUCACUAUCGCCCACAGGAUCAACACCAUCAUGGACUGUGACCGAGUGCUGGUGAUGCAAGCUGGAAAGGUGGUGGAGUUCGACACUCCUGCUGCUCUCUGCCGAACCGACAACUCCAUCUUCCACCGACUGGUUGGCGAUGGAGGACAGUGAGGCAGACACCUGAAGAAGGGAAUCUUUGAAAAUCUACAUUUUUCUAUGCUGAAGACUCGCUGGCUUUCACAGCACCAACCAUGAGGCGUCACACACAUCUAGAACUUUUACAUCACAGCCCCAAAGUACAGGUGAAGCACAUUUAAACCUGCAGCUCGGACUCAGAGGUGGAUGUUUGGGUUGCUCGACGUAUUGAUGUUACGUUGUGCUGAUGUUUAAUUUUCUGAAAGUAGAUGAUUUUUAAUGCUGAAGCAGACUUGACAAUGUUCCUCUCCCCCGAAUUCCUGCAUUUUGUUCAAUGUAGAGUAAAAAAAACUCCACUUCCCCUAAA